AUGGCGAAAAGAAAGAGGCAAAAUGCUGCUGUCAGCGAAUCUGCUGCAGAGCUUGUACCCACGAAGAAGUCAAAAUUCACAAAGGCAAAGACGACAGCGACAAGCGACAACAAGCUCGUGGAGGAGACGAUCCAGAUUGUCGCAGGCUCCUACGACCGAGUUCUCCACGGACUGACGGCCUCGAUUGGCACCAAAGGCGACGUCGAGUUUGCCGAUACCUUCCUCUUCAAUGCGCACGCUUCGGCCAUUCGAUGCGUCGCCGUGUCUCCCCCUUCACCUCCGAUUCCAGGACAAACGCAAAAGGUGCUGCUGGCUUCCGGGAGUACCGACGAGCGAAUCCAAGUGUACAAUCUGUCUGCGCACCCGCCGAGCAAGAAGAACAAGGAGGCCAUGUUGAGCGUCGCUCCGAGACCGAUCCUGGAGAACCCCAAGAAUCGAGAGCUGGGGACGCUGCUGCACCACGACUCGACGAUCACGGCGCUGCGAUUCCCCACGAGGUCGAAGCUGCUCUCCGGGAGCGACGAUUCCACGAUUGCGAUUACGCGGACGCGCGACUGGUCCAUGCUAAGCAACAUCAAGACGCCGAAGCCAAAGGCGCACGGGCGACCGACGGGCGACACAGCGCCGUUCGGCGGCACGCCGUCUGGCGUCAACGACUUUGCGAUCCACCCGAGCAUGAAGCUCAUGAUUAGCGUCGGAAAGGGCGAGCGGUGCAUGCGGCUGUGGAACCUCGUCACCGGAAAGAAGGCGGGCGUGCUGAGCUUUAGCAAGGAGAUGCUGAGGGAGGUGGGCGAGAGCAAGCAUGCCAGCGGCGAGGCGCGGAGGGUGACGUGGGGAACGGCGGACGGGGCGGACGAGUUCGCGGUCGGGUUUGACCGGAAUGUGGUGGUUUUCGGGAUGGACAGUGUGCCCAAGUGCAGGGUUAUGCCGACGACGAGGGUCAAGAUUCAUCAGUUUUCGUAUGUUACGGUGGACGAGGAGGCUGGCGAUGCGCUGUUGGCUGUGGCUACGGAGGAUGGUCGUGUCAUGUUCUUUUCGACGAAGGCGGAAGACUUGACAAAACCGGAGCCUUCAAAAGAAACGGCACAGGACGACAAGAAGGCGGCCGAGCCAACCCUCCCCGUGGCCAAGUUCGUCGGAUACGUGGGAGGCGAAGGCGUACAGGGAAGAAUCAAGGACUUUGCGAUCAUACCGAGCACAGCCAACCGGGGCACGCUGUACGUGGUCGGAGCCAGCAGCGACGGCAAGAUCCGGCUGUGGACGGUGCAGGCGGAGGAGCUGCUGGAGGCGGCGAGAAGCAAGGAGGCCAAGGUUGAGAAGCCGGUGGGGGUGCUGAGGGGGACGUAUGAGACGCAUAACCGGGUGACUUGUCUGGCGGCGUUUUUGAUGCUGGAGAGGCCGGAGGGUGUGGAGGAUAGUGAGGAUGAGGUUGAGGAGGAGGAGGAGGAGGAUAGCAGCAGCGAGGAUGAGGAGUGA